AUGGAGGCGGCGGGCGCCGAAGAGCGCCGCGUUUGCGGCUGCUGCUCGGGCUCGUCCUGGCCGCGCUGCUGCAAGGCACCCGGAACAAAGAAGAAAGCUGCAUGUCCAGGACUCGGCCUGUUUUAUACCGUACUGUCUGCCUUCCUUUUCUCAGUGGCCUCUUUAUUUCUUAAAAAAAUAGAAGAUGUACAUUCGGUGGAAGUGAGUGCAUUUCGAUGUGUUUUCCAAAUGGCAUUCGUUCUUCCUGGUUUAAUAUACUACAAAACAGGGUUUUUGGGACCAAAAGGUAAAAGAAUUUUUCUUUUCUUCCGAGGAUUUCUUGGCUCUAGCGCAAUGAUUCUGCUCUACUACGCUUUCCAAGUCAUGCCACUGGCCGAUGCCACUGUUAUAACUUUUAGCAGCCCCGUUUUCACAUCCUUGCUGGCGUGGAUCUUUCUCAAAGAGAAAUACAGUCUUUGGGAUCUCCUGUUCACCCUCUUCGCAAUCGUGGGAGUGGUUCUCAUUGCCAGGCCACCCUUUCUCUUUGGGUCGAGUGUUACGGGGAUCGAAGGCAAUUACACCAAUCACCUCAAAGGAACUAUAGCAGCAAUUACAAGCACAGUAUCUGCAGCUUCCACUAUUGUUAUUCUAAGGAAGGUGGGGAAAUCUGUGCAUUACUUCUUGUCAAUUUGGUAUUACGCAGUCAUUGGUUUAAUUGGGUGUGUUAUAGCAUUGUUUGUUAUGAAUGAAUGGCGCUUGCCAUAUUGUGGUAAAGACAGGGUUUUCCUAAUAUUGAUAGGCUUGUUGGGGUUAGGGGGUCAGAUAUUUCUCACCAAAGCAUUGCAGAUAGAGAAGGCUGGACCUGUGGCCAUAAUGAAAACAAUGGAUGUGGUCUUUGCUUUUAUUUUACAAAUUCUUUUUCUCAAUCAUCUCCCGACUUGGUGGACUGUGGGUGGUGCCCUUUGUGUAGUGGCCAGUAGUUCUGGAACUGCCAUUCGUAAGUGGCGACAAAGCUUGAAAAAAGCAAAGCAAAAUGAAAUCUAACAAUGCAGACACUAAUUCUUUACAGAAAUGAGCACUCUUGAAAUAUAUAUACAAUAUUUAUUUUUAUUUAUUUGAAAUAUCUCAUUAACCAAAUUGUAGUACCAAGUUGUAUCCAAUAAAAUAAGUUGAUUUUUUUUAGAAAACAAAAUCAAAAAUGUUUUAACAGUUGAUGAGGUAUUUGGUUUUCUUUUUCACAUCUGGGCAUGCAAGUAUGAGAGGUAGAAAGAUAUUUAAAAGUUGCUUGCUUUCUAUCAAAGGUGGACAAUAGUUCUUUGGCUUUUGUUUUCCUAAAAUUCCUGAUUCUUUCAGACCCUUUCUCUAUUCUUCUGAGCUGUGGAAAUCAGUCUUCCAGGCUUAUUUAAUGCUGUUCUGUGCUUGAUUACCAGAGGGAUUGCAGUACAGAAGUUAGAAGGGAAUGAAGAGUUAUAAUCCUAUAAACAUCCAACUUUUAUAGGACGGAAUAAGCUUGCACAUGUACAAGCUUUCUAAUUUUUUUGUGUGUGUGUGCACAAAACAGAUGCCAAAUGGGGAAUUAUUUUUAAUUGGAAUUCUAAAAGAACAAAGGCUAUUUCAUCUUCCCAAGUAAUAUCAAGAGAAAAUUAACAUGUGAAAAUUAUUUAUCAGCUUUGCUUUCUUUUAAGAGGAAUUUUAAAUGUUUGCACUUGCUUUACAGACAUAAUGAAAUGUCCUCAUCCCUUUUUCUUGAUGUGUUUUUCCCAAUAAACAUGUCUUUAGUUGCUGCAAUCUCAGUGAUGAGAGACAAUAGUUCAAUACCACUCAUAAAUCAGCUGUUUCUUGUGGUAUGGAAUGUUAUGCUGUAGCUGCACUUUCUUUAUUCUAUGCAAAAGAUUAUAUUUUUUAGGUAUUCAAUAUAGGUUAUUUUAAAUGCUGCUUAUGACUCUUUUGUUUAGAUUCUUUUGUGCAAAAGCUCUUUAUGAGACCAAGUUUAAGUCAUCUUGGCCCUCAUGAAGUUAGGAGGAUUUACAAUAAAGCAUUUGCCAGUUUCCUGAGAACUUCCCGGAGCGCAGAGUAGUUGGUUUCACAGCAGAUGCAGGUGAUGAUAGCAACAAACACUAAGCAAAAAAGGUUUGUGUUGUUGAUCCUAGUGUCCUUCAUGUUUGAGGAGGAAUAUCUGUUUAGUGUCAGGGAGGGGGAUUUUCCCGAGUGGUGUCUCGUGCUUCUGGGGCUUGUCUUGGUAGCCAUUAAAGACAAUUUUAACUUGGAUCUUUAUUUAGUCCAAAGGCUGUUUUCAGCUGUUUACUUUGGUGUUUUUCUAAAGCGGAAUACUGUGUUCUGCAGGCUUGAUACAUGUGGGGUUUUUUCCAAAAUUACUAGAGGUGGCGGAUGUUUUCUUAUUUUGGUGUACAGAUGCCACUUCACAUCUUUUUUUUUCUGCCAGUGAGCUCUGCAGCUGGGCAGGUCCAGGAGGUGAGUCCUGCAGGACUGGGGUGGGUAUUGUAUGCUGGGUGUCCGUGGGUGUGAGGAGCCACCUCCAUGCAGGAUCUGUCCCUAAACCAGCACCCUCCAUCUGUCCAUGUGGUCACGAGCAGGUUCCCUGGGGUGAGAGCUCCAAGCAGGAACUGGUCCUGUCCCUUUUCUGCUGCUCCUUCAGGCUGGAGUUUAGCUACUGCUGACAGGGCCAGGAGUAGCAUGAAACUGCUUUCACGUUCUUCAAAGCUUGAUAGAAUAAUGAAAUCCCAGUUUAGCACCCGUUUUGCUUAGUACUCGGAAUUGUGAACUGGGAUUGUUCGUUCUGCUGUUCAACUGCCACUGCCAUUGAGCAAGAGUUUUCAGGGGAGGGAGGGAAAACAGGCUGCAUUUUUUACUGCUUCACUUCACGUUUAAUAUGCGUGUGUUUGAAUUGACGCUAUAGGGUGGGGUUCAGAGCAGUUUGGGUUGAUGCAAACUGGGGUUGUCGGCCAGUCCCGCUGCCUCCUGUGGCUCCUGCGGUUCCGUGCUGAGCUGGCCCCGAGGCUCCUCCAGCUACAGAGCUUCUUGGUGAGGUGUUGGAGGGGGCAAAGCAGAGUGGCCUGGACCUGAGGACAGUGUGAAAACAUUUGGAAGGGGGAAAAAAUAAGAUAGCAGUUGAAAUUAUAGCGUAUGAAUGCUGCUUUGUCAGUACAGAGUACAAAUAAUGUGAAAGCUUACAUUGGAAAAAUUUUUAGGUCAUGUGAUUUCAACCAGUCUUGUUGACACUGAGCAGAGAACAGACUCCUGAGGAAAGGACUCUUUUCUUGCCUGUAAUACAUAAGCAAGUGUAGAAAAUAAGCUGACCAGAAAUCAAUAACCUGAUACAGUGAUUGGUAACUUUUCUCUCGAGUUCUUGCAGAAACCCUUUUGAUGUAUUUCCACACCCGUGGCGCCAAAACCCACAGAUGAUUGUUUUCUUUCCUUGUCCAAACCUAUAGGGUUUCCCUAUGGCUCCAUCUCAUUAUUUCCUUUUGCUGUUCCUAAACCUUUCUUAAGUUGCUAAAGUAAUAAUCUAAGCAAGAUACUAUGUAGGAGAACAUUGUAUUUCUUGGAACACUGUUGUGAUUUUGAUCCAUCUUUUAGAGAAUCAUUUAACUGCUGUGAGAACGAAGGACUUGAGUAGGGCUUCUCUAGAGGCACAAGCAGCCAGCUUAUAUAAAGAGCAUUUCUAGAUGUAUUUGGGAAUGGAAGACGUUUAAGCUUUAAGUUUUUUCAACAACCUCAGUUUUUACAUUUUUCUUCCUCUCAGAUGUAGUUUAAACCCCAAAAUUUUAGUUGGAAGCUUUGAAGAGAACGAAAUUAUACAAAAGUAUGGAUACCCUAAAAUGUUGGGGUUUUUUUAAAUUGAAAAUAUUUCUACCAUUCCUGUUAAAAUGGUCAAACUUCUUUUUAAUCUUCCAGAGUUUAACAGUUUGACAAUCUGAAAUGAAACUGGCUGAGCCUUGAUUCUUUUGGAUUCCAAUUUUUCCUUUUUUUUUUCUCUUCUGUCCUUGGACAGAUUUUUACUUUCAAAAUCUUUUUUAGCUUUUAAAGUUUUAAUACAGCAAGCUUCUCAGGGUCAAAUGUUAUUUUUCUGAGCUUUGAGACAGAAUAUAUUAUUAAUGUUCAUCACCUGUAGUGUCCUGUUGUGGUCCUUACAGUAUUUUUAAGAUAAAUGUACUUUUCUAAUAAAAAUCCCUCCCUCUGUAAUAUGAUGGGAUGUUGUUGCAUUGCGAUUGCUGUGCUAUAAAGUUAAGUUUCUCCUGAAUUUCAACGUACUAAUUCAAUGUACUGAUUUCAGUGGGUCCUGAACAGAAGGAGUAAUAAUUAAUUAUUGGUUGUUUUGCACAUAAACACAGGGCAGAAAGACCUCGUUGUUGCUGAGGCACCACAGGUGUGUUUCUGGUGUUCUGUACUAUGCAAACUCUGUAAUAUCUGUGGUCUUCAGUGGGACUUUAUUGCCUCAAAGCCUUAUGUACCCAGCUCCUCCCUAAAGCCUGUGGCUGACAAAGCUACCUACUGUCACUGUGCAGCCACCCGUUUCUUUUGGGUUUAGUUGGUUGUCAAAGUGUGCUCUAAAAGCUCUCUAAAUGCAUCUACACUCAGAAUUUGACAAGCUCGUGUGUAGACGAGGACAGUCUAUGUGAUUAAAAUGGAUUUCCUGCAUUUGUCUAACACCAGGCAUGAACUAACCUCAGCAUAACUAAGUGAAAUAACUAGUUCAACGUCUCAUUUUUCUUCUGAAACCUGAAACUGGGCUCUUUCCCAAUGCCAAAAACUGUUAUAAGACUGCUCAUCCAGUAGCUGGUAAUGACAAGAUCGCUUUUGGUCGUUGUUUAGCAUAAACACUUUGCCCUCCGCAGCGUUUUCUCCUCCUUGAGCUUUUGUUGGAGAGCAGUCUGUUGGGAGAAAGCUGAUUUCUGGUGGCAGUGAUUCCCUGGCUGAGCAGCAGUAGUGAAGCAGAGGAGUCUGUUUCCCAGCUCUCUGCCCACAGCAACCAGGGUGGCACCAGUCCCAGGAGGGCGGCAGAGCAGGGUCUGUGUCCCCGCCUGGGGUCAGGCCGUUCUGUGCUGGUAACGGCCCAUCCAUCCAAAGAAAAGUUGUGGCUUUAUGUUCCUGCGGACACAGGGAACUUCAGGGUGGAACGUCCACGGACCUCUAUGGUGAUAACCCUUCUGUCUAUCAGAAUGAGUUGGUUCCUAUGUUCUGUGAGUUAGUGUUUGACAAAAAGGGGUUAAAAAUACCCUCAGCAUUAAUGAGAAGAUUUUUACUAUGUCCUAUAUAUUGUUAAAGAUAUGUUGAAUUAUAUGUUUUGUAGAAGUUGCUGGCUUUGUUAUGUAGUAGUAUAUUUUUAUAGAUGAUUCUUAUAUAUUGAAAUGUUAAGAAUAUUUUCA